UCGUGUCGGAAACAGCAUUGAAGGUUCAACACACUCCUGUCAAAUAUUCCUUGACGUUUGCUCCCAAAAAUGAGCGGCGCAGCGGAUCGACUACCCCGACUUCCAGCUUGUCAGCUGUGCUAUCAGAAGAAAAUCCAAUGCGACAGUACCAGGCCAACAUGUACUCCAUGUUCAAAAACUGGCAGCGAGUGCGUUGUGCUGAAUUCUGGUGGUGACAGAGCAAUCUCGCGAGCGUAAAGUUUAGAAGACAGAAACAUAAAAAGCUAAAGGCUAUUUGCGGCAGCGCCGAAGAGCUUAUGGAAAUCCUCGGCAUGACUCCGGGUAUCCGUUCACGAACGAGAAUUAAGAAGUCAUAUAACAAUACCUUUGUCUCAAGCAUCCAAAGACUUCUUUACAC